GUCACACAAAACCAGACCUCGAUGACCGAGUUCAUAUUGGUAGGUCUCUCAGACAACCCUGAGAUGCAGCUGGUACUCUUUGUGAUCUUCCUGGUGAUCUACUUGCUGACCUUGGCUGGAAACAUCCUCAUCAUGGUCACCAUUGUUUAUGACCAAGGCCUUCACACCCCCAUGUACUUCUUCCUGAGCAAUCUCUCUUUUAUCGACAUCUGCCACUCUACAGUUACCGUGCCCAAGAUGCUCACUGACUUUCUGUCCGCCAAAAAGACCAUCUCCUUUGAAGGCUGCAUGACCCAGAUGUUCUUCCUUCAUCUCUUUGCCUGCACUGAAAUCUUCCUGCUCACGGUCAUGGCCUACGGCCGCUACGUGGCCAUCUGCAACCCUAUGCAUUACCUCACCCUCAUGAACUACAAGAUCUGCUUGCUGUUGGCUGCCACCAUUUGGAUCAGUGGUAUGGUCCACUCUCUUGCUUUGAUUUGCAUGACUAUCAAACUACCCUACUGCGGCCCCCAGAAGGUGGACAACUUCUUUUGUGAUGUCCCUCCAGUCAUCAAGCUGGCGUGCACCGACACCUACAUCAUUGAGGUCCUUAUUGUUGCCAACUCAGGGCUGAUCUCCAUGGUCUGCUUUGUGGUUCUGGUGGUCUCCUAUGGUGUCAUAUUGGUCUCUCUCCGUAACCAGUUUGCAGAAGGCCGACGCAAGGCGCUCUCCACAUGUGCAGCACACCUGAUGGUGGUGACUCUCUUCCUUGGGCACUGCAUCUUUAUUUAUUCCCGCCCCUCCACCAGCUUCUCAGAGGACAAGGUGGUGUCAGUCUUCUUCACAGCUGUAACCCCUCUGCUCAACCCCAUCAUCUACACACUGAGGAACGAAGAUAUGAAACGGGCACUCAAUAAGCUGGUUGGUGGGAAGGUGAAUGUGGAGAUCAAGUGA